AUGAAUAUCGAGCACUUCAAGCGUUUGUUCGCUGUAUCUGGAAUACAAAGACCUGCUGAAGCUGUUUUGAAAAGAUUACUAAAUAACUAUAUUCAUCGCUUUCAUGCUGUGUCUUCUCCUGAGAGUGCUUUCGAAUUGUAUGAUUUUUUCAACAAUCUUCCUGCAACAACAACCAAAGAUAAACUUGAGUAUGACUAUGGUAUAAGAUUGAAUGACCUUUACGAUCCAACUUUUAAUGCCAAUAUUAUAACAGGAGCAGAUAAAACUGGCGCACCAAUAUUGGCCAAAAUAUUGAUGAGUUCAGAAGUACGAAUGACCAAGGAUCUUGAUUUGGAGAAUUCUCUUGUACCUGGUAUCGUUCAAACUAAGAUUUGCUCAGUAUCAUUAGAAGGAAAGGAUUACACGAACCAAUUUUCAGAUGGAAAAUAUUAUUGCCUAAUAAUGCCACAUUAUCCAAGAAGUUUAGCUCUUUUGGCAAACCUUCUUACUUCAGAAACAUUAUUAGAAGAGGGAAAGAAAAUCUUGAAAGCACUCGAAUAUAUUCAUGUCAAACCAGCUAAUAUUUUUGUUAGCACUAAUGGAGAGUGGUUUCUUGGAGAUUUUGGUUCGUGUGUGAAAAUUGGAGAAACAGUGGUAUCAUGUUCAGAAGCGUAUCUUCCCUUCAAUGGAGUUGGAAGAGAAAAAGCAAGAGUUGGAUUUGAUUUCUUCAUGUUAGCAGUUAGUUUGGUUGUUCUUUUGAUUGACCUGAAACAGAUUAUGCACGACAACAUUUUGUCCAUUAAUAUUAGCAAGCUCAACAAGGCAAUUGACUCAAUUUCUUGCGAGCCAUUGAAAUUCUUUAUUCUCAAGGCUGAUCUAGGACAAGACUGUGAAUCAAAAUUUUCUAUUCAGUUAUGA